UUAGAUAUAGGUUCGAAUUUAUCAGAUCCAAUUUUUCGUGGAAUUUAUAAUGGAAAACAAGUUCAUGAAGAUGAUUUUCAUCAGAUACUUCAACGAGCAAGAAAGUUUGGAGUCGAAAAACAAAUCUUAACUGGUGAUUGUCUUACCGGAUCUACUCAAGUUAUUGAACUUUCUCAUCAACAUCAUGGUUUGUAUGCAACUGUAGGUUGUCAUCCAUGUAGAGCCAACGAAUUCGAGACUCCAAUCGAUCAAACCCAUCCAACCGAAUCUCUUGCUGAACUUUAUUUAUCUAAACUUGAAGAAUUGAUUCAGUCUGAUCAAAGAUUAGAAAGAUCGAAACGAAAAGUAGUAGCAAUAGGCGAAUGUGGUUUAGAUUAUGAUCGAUUAUCGUAUGCUUCUAAAGAAGUUCAAUUACGACACUUCCCACCGCAACUAAGCCUAGCAAGGAAAUACAAACUACCACUCUUCUUACACUCUCGUACACCUGAAGCACAUACAGACCUAGUUUCGAUCCUCAAAACUCAUCAUGAUUUAGAUCCUCUAAACCUUUUACCUCCUAGACAAAGAGGAGUGGUUCAUAGUUUUACUGGAACUCAUUCUGAGAUGGAAGAAUUGAUUGAGUUAGGUUAUAGUAUUGGUAUUAAUGGAUGUUCUUUGAAAACUGAAGAAAAUCUAAACGUAGUCAAAUCGAUUCCAUUAGAUAGAUUAAUGUUAGAAACAGAUUGUCCAUGGUGUGAUAUACGUAAAAGUCAUGCAUCAUUUCAACUUUUAUCAGAUUUACCACCAGAGUUUUUGAUCAAAUCAAUUAAAAAAGAAAAAUUUCAAUCAGAUCAACCGGUUUUAAUUAAAGGUAGAAACGAACCUUGUACGAUCUUUCAAGUGGCUUGGAUCGUUUCUAAAUUAUUGAAUUUGGAUGUAAAUGAAUUAAUGAAGAUCGUUUGGAAGAAUUCAAUGGAUUUGUUUCAAUUAGAUUUACUUGAUUAA